AUGCCAGGAUAUACCAGCCUUCCCCCUCCAAAAUCCUCAUUUGGGUCCAAUAUUUUUCAUCCAAAUAGUAAGAAUCCGCUACCAAUGUUGCCUAGACAUGCUUGUGUCAAAACCCAACGCAGGACCAUCCCGCUAUGUGCUGCCACUGCAACCGAAAGGGUAGAUGGUUCGGUGAGGACAAUGAAAUCAUCACUCGCAUUGAAUGGCACGUUUUACCAACUACUCCGAGUGAAGGAAACCGCUUCGCAAACCGAGAUCAAAGCUGCAUACCGUAAUUUGGCCAAGCAGUACCAUCCAGACGCCGUCGUCGGUUCCAGCGCCGAUCGCGAUGCUCGGGAUUUCAUUGAGAUUCACAAUGCCUAUACAACGCUAUCUGAUCCCGUAGCCCGAGCUCGAUACGAUUUGACUAUCGGUGCUAUAAAUAUCGCUCAUUCAUGUCCAUAUAGGUACAUGACAGGAUUCCCUAGUCCCACCAGGAGCUGGGAAACUGAUCAGUGCUGGUGA